ACAAAUUAAGUAGAGCAAAAUGCGAUUAGUCAAGACUUAGUUCUAUCAGCUAGCAAUGCGCGUGGUUUUCCAAUUACCAAGUUAACUCAGAUUUGAUAUUUUUAAAUAUUUAUUGAAUAAGUUCAUGCAAAAUAACAAUCAUCGCCCGGCUAAUUAAAAUUAACAGCGCCUUCGUAUUUCACGACAAGCAGGAACGGGUCUUUUCUCUGAGCUAAAACCAAUAAUCGUCAAUUAUUCAAAUUUAAAGAUCCUUCUCUAAACAUGCGUCGUUUUCGGAGGUGCGGUGGCGUUUCUAAGGGCUGUUUCUUAGCUCCCGCAGCUUAUCUGUUUUGUGCUUACAUAUCAAUAUACUGCACCUUCGCUGACCGUUGGAGCUACCGGUCAGUUAGUGUAGAAGCGACGAACAGUUUCUAUCAUUCUUCGAAGAACUUCGGCAAUGAAUCGAGUUGGGAGUUGCUGCACAAUUUGACAGUUGACACCACAGUGACAGGCGUGGUAGACAAAAUGAACCAAACCAAAAUAUUCCAUACCGUUCUUAUCCAUACCAAUGAUCAACCAACCAGUAACUCCAAUGACUUCCAACCCUCCGCUGGACGCAACACAUUUAGCGUGACUUACUACUUCGGACUGUUUCAUGUGUGUAGACAUGAUAUCGGCAAGUGUUUCAUCUACUCCUUCCCAGAGACUGGCCACCUCAAGGCACUCUUCAUAGCCUCCUCCUACACCCUGCUUGUUCUGUCAGUCUCUCCAAUUGUGAUUUACCAGAUGCAGUUCAGCAUAAAGGUGUCUAAUUACAUACAACUACCUCUUCUAAUGCUUCACUCCGUUCUUAUCAUUUACGUGCUGGGAAACUAUGGGAAACACAACAGGGCCAGGGGCCACGAGUUGUCCUGGACAUACCACAUUUCCAGCUCCCUCUCUGCUCUGCCCUGGAUAGUGUGGUACUGGUACACCCUGGAAGUGGCCAAGGAGGCCAGCAGGGCCCUCGAGGAAGAAGCCGACACGGUCACUAUAACUUCCAACGAUGAGGGAGUCGGCUUAUCAUCAUCAUCACAGCGGGUGAAUGAAAAUACAGAUUUUUACUGGACACCCCCAUCAAGCUCUAAUUUCAAGCCUCCAUCUUACGAACACGUGCUGGCCAAUCAAAACGACUACCCUUUAGUCGGAGAAGUUGAUAAAUUUCUGAGUGAUUUCGAGAUGAGUCAACGAACUCCCCCGCCAAGAUACAAAUUUUCUCACAUGGAUGCCCGCUUAUUGACGAGUGGAGCUAGCUCAAGCAGUUCUUUGCCCGUAGAGGGAAGUUCAACGUCAACUGCAAGUCCACAUCAGCACGCUAAUUGUUCCCGUAUCGAAGAAUGCCAGUGCUAACUUAUUGGCAAUUAACUCUUUUUCUGUAGGGCUUGAAAUUUUCUUAAACAUUUUUAGUUUGUGAUUCUGCAAUUACGUAUAUGCCUCAAGAAAUUAUACUUACAAAAUAGAAACAUAGCAAACAGACAGUUGAAAAAGUGUCAUUUAACACAGGAAACCGAAAACAAAUGGCCCACU